AGACUUGAAAUGCUAUUGCGACGAACGGCUCGGAGGAUCCGCAUUCGUAGUCACUAGAACGGUCUCCGGGGGAUCCAGGUUGGUGCUCGUUGUAAACAAGAAACAAGAAAUGACAUGGGUGACAUGGCUUCCUCGGAAAUUAUAAAGGAGAGAAAGAGACGAGCGGAGCUGCUGCAGUUCUAUGGCAGUGGGCCGAAAGAAGACACUUCGUAUGAUAUUAAUUCUAAACACUUCAACCAUGAUAUGUAUGUCCAGAAAACUAUCAAGGAGAGGAGUCUAAAGCAGCUGCUGGAGCAUGAGGCUCAGAUGGUGUCUGAAGUACAGGUGCUUGACUCAGAUUGUCAGACACUCGUCUAUGAUCAUUAUGACAAGUUCAUCGCUGCUGCCGACAUUGUCCGCAAGAUGAAGGAGGGAUCAGUAAAGAUGGAGGCACAAAUCACUCGCCUUCAGGAGAACAUGUCUAGGAUCACUGCUUCCUCCACCAGCAUUACCUCUGCUCUACAGGAGCGCCGAGGCCACCUGAGCCGACUGCUAGGUGUUCAUGGGACAUUAAGGAAGUUGGAGUUCCUUUUCCAUCUUCCUCAGAAGAUUGAUGAAUGCAUUGCUGACAAAAAUUUCACUGAGGGUGUUCGUAGCUAUGUUGAGACUGCUGAAGUUCUGCAUCGGUACCGUCACAUGCCAUCCUUUAAUGCCAUCCAUGAUGACUGUGAAGCUGCUGUUGGUCGUCUCAAUCUAGCCCUCAAAGAGCAGCUCGCCCUUAAGGAGGGAAGUGCUCGUCACUUAACUGAGUGUGUAGAUUUGCUGCUGCAACUGGGCGAGCCUGCUGAGGGGCUGUGUGACGACUUCUUGGCACACGCUCGCACCAUGCUGCAAGGAGACCUGGCCAAUUUAACCAAAUUGGCAGAAGCAGCACUUACAUCAGGUGGGGAUGAGGUGCCUGAUAGAGAUACUGAAGAGGAAAUGGCUGGAGAUAUAAAUGCUAAAGAAAAGUCUCUGCAGGAAGAGUCUGAUAAAAUAAACAGAGGGGGCUGCACUACUAUGGAUAUCCUGGAGUUUGUAGAUGUGUGCCAUGAAACCUUUGUUGGGAACUUGUGGCUGGUAAUCUCAUCAUACAAGGAGAUGUUUCUCAGAAGGCCAGAAGAGGGAGGAAGUGUUGCCAUGGAUAAACUUCGGGAAUUUGUGGCAGGGCUGGUGGAGCAGUAUGUUAGUGUUGUGGGAGUGCGGGUUGCUGCCGAGCCUGAUACUGCACAUUAUGCUCCCCUCACCACUGCUCUUGAUAAGUUUCACAGACGUCUUCAUGCCAUUACACAGCUCCUGCCAAACACAAACUUUGGGGACGCAGCUCUAAUUCUUGUGAUCGAGGCUGGGAUGGCAAGGUGCGAGUCAUCAUUAUCUUCUUUAAAACACGGGUUAGCAUCCAGCCUGGGUGAUGUACGCCACGCUCUGGCUGCCCCCAGACACUUGACGCAGGAUGGCAAUGAAUCAACACACCGCCAACUGAACGAACACCUCACACGUCUUGUUGCUGCCACUGCUGCCUCUAUCAAGGAGCGUGUCACAGUUUUGCAGGCUUUCACCCAGCCCAAACACACAUUUGCAGUGCGUGCAGAGUUUCGUCGGCGAUUUUGUCGAGAGCUGGUGAGAGAGGGAGUUGUUGUGGCCUUCUUCUUACACAUCACAGACACAAUGUUCCAGUUCUGCCAGAAGAAGGACAAAGACCCAGUCUUGCUGCUGCUCCUCUCUCGCAUGUGUCUUGAUUUGCACACUUCCACUGUCCACUACCUACUGAGUCACUGUGAUGAACAGUUGCAGCUGGAGGACAAGACAGGCCUGACGCACCUUCACACCAUCACGGAUGGCAUGCGAGAGGCAGGUCAAAAACUUCUGAACCAUUAUGUUCACACACAGGGAGCCUCCAUCAGUCAGAUGUUGCGCCGCAGUGUUGAGCUGAAGGACUGGCUGGGAUGUGGAGAGCCACGUAGUGUCCGUAGAGUAAUGCGAACAGUCCUCGACGAGAUCACUACUAUGGACACACAGGUUGGGGCCCUGUAUGAAGAAGGAAACCGGCAAGACAGGUCUUCUGAUUCAUCUCGCCGCACAUUCCACAGUGUAAAUGCUUGCCGUGGAGGAACUGGUGGUCGCUCGGCUUGGUCGUCCUACACUCCAAGUCAACUGGACAAUAGCCUGGUUGCUAACCUCAACAAACUCUGGUCAGAACGCAUUGAAAUAUUUGCUCCUGUUGAAUUUACCAGGGUCUCAAUUUUAACUGGAAUUGUUAAAAUCAGUCUUAAGACACUGCUGGAGAGUGUGCGUUUACGCACUUUUAGCAGGUUUGGCCUACAGCAGGUCCAAGUAGAUGCCCACUUCCUACGGACAUACCUCUGGUCUUAUGUAGCAGACGAGCAUGUUUUGAAUGUCCUGCUGGAUGAAGUUGUGACCUCGGCAAGUGUUCGGUGUUGUGAUCCUGAAUUAAUGGAACAGCGGGUGGUGGAAUUUAUCUGUGACCAGAACUAAAAAAUUGACUGCUGCAUUUAGGAAAACUAUAGCCAAGCAGUGGCAACACACUGCUAUGUUGCAAAACAGUGACUACAGUGUUGCUGUAGGCAAGAAACAGUAAAACACUUUUGUUGCCAUGGGGUACCCAAGCAGUGACAACACAAAUUAUGUGCUAGGAUUGGUGAACAGUGAUAUAUAUAUAUUAUAUAUAUAUAUAUAUAUAUAUAUAUAUAUAUAUAUAUAUAUAUAUAUAUAUAUAUAUAUAUAUAUAUAUAUAUAUAUAUUUAUAUUAUUUUUUUGUAUAGUAUAAAGAAGCAAAUGAAUUAGAGCUAUUGUUAUAAUUUAUUUAGAGAAAUUUGCUACAAUACUGUAGUCUUUGAAUGAAGAAAAAAACCCCAAUACU